GGGUCGGCGAGUUGACUAAUGAAAACAGUGGUGCAAGUUCGUAACAGUUUUGGGAUUAGUAGUAACUAGUUGGUCGACUGGGGACAGUGUGGUACGUUGACCUGUUUCCGUGUCGCCAUCAUGGCAACAGUGUUGGUGUUUUAGAUGAAAACAUGAAAACACCAACAAGAACAAGUAACCAAGCUGAACGGUUGAAUUCAUGCAAGAUGGACAUGUAUACUCUUGAUACCAGUAACUGAAGAAACCCAAAUCUUUCCACAAUGGCAUCAUUUGCUGGCAGGGAUACUGGUGCUGAAGCUGCAGAUGAGGUACAUUUGAGUCGUGAAGAACGCCUUAAGAAUGAGCGACUUCGUAAAUGCUACACAAAACUUCAGGAUGAAAUUGAGGCACCCCUAUUGGUGGGCCACAUGUAUGAAAAUGGAGCAUUAUCACGUGAUGACAUGGAUGAGAUCAGAAAGACCCAGCCACCAACUCGACGUAUGCAGGCUACCGUACUGCUGGAUAUGGUGCUACGUGGUAAACCGGCAAUAUCCAUGUAUGAUGUGCUGGUUGAUGCACUGAGCAAAUCUGGUUACUCAGAACUUGUAACCAAGUUGGCAGAAACACACGUUGAUGUGGAGUCUGAAACUGGUGAUGUAAUCAAACAUCCAAAGACUAAGAGUAAGACUCUACCUAAACUGUUAGAGGUGAAAAUAAAGAGUGCCAAGAAAGUAUUUGUGGAAACCAAAAGCUACUGUUCAGUGAGAUCUUCCCUGGAGAAAAAUGGAUAUGUUACCAUAACAGGAGGUUCAGGUUCUGGUAAGACUACAAUGGCUUUGAUGUUGAUGGAAGAAUAUAGACAGAGAGACCAUGCUGUAUUCUUCAUUGAAAAUAUUGAAGAUUUGGACUUAGACAAGAUGGUGGAAAUAAAGCAACCAAAAUUACUUGUGAUCGAUGAUGUCAUGGGAUCAGUAUCAGCCACACAAGAUAGGAUUGUUGCUUUUAAUAAAGUUUUUGAUUUCCUUGCAGACAUGCUGCAAAACACCAGCAGUACUUCAGGUAGUGAUAUGCAAGAUCAUUUUCAGAAUGAGAAAAAUAUCAAAGUAAUAUUUACAUCAAAAACGUGGCUUCUUAAGGAAAGCAAAUGCCACAUAAAGCAUCAUUUGUACAGCUAUUUUACACAGUCUGUUGAUUUGUCGAACUCACAAAUGUCUGAACAAGAGUUAAAAGAUAUCUUGUCAAAACAUUUAACAAAUAAAGGACAUUCAGUUAGUCAGGAUGACGUUUCAAAGAUAUGCACCAAUAUAUCAAAAGAAGGAGACACUGCUCUUGGCUUUCCUUAUGUUUGUCAGUUAUUUUCAAGUAUGGAUGUCUUCUGUAAAGGAAAAGAUCCAGUAACUUUUUUCCAGAAACCAAUGAAAUUUCUAAAGAGUGAACUUGAGAGUCUGUUUAAGACUGAUAAGAUGAAGAAAGCAUGUUUUAUGCUGAUGGUCUUAUGUGAUGGCCACCUGUCCCUGUCAUCACUAAUGGACUCUGAUACACGCCAGAAAAGUGGAUUAGAGGAAAAAGUUAAAAUAAUUCAGAAUUACACAGGUGAUUGUACAGACAAAAUUCAACCAUUCUGCAGCAGCAUUAAAACUACGGCAGAAACGUUAACCGACACAUUGUUAAAAACUGAAGAUGACAAUGUGUCAUUUUUGCAUGCCUCCACUCAUGAUGCUACUGCUUAUCUUCUUGGCAAAGAGAAUAUUAGCUUUAUCAUCAACCAUUGCAGUAUGAAGGUGAUCAAUGAAAGAAUAAGAGUUAAAGUUGGAAGCACUAAAGGAAAACCUCAUGAUGAAGGAAGUGAUUUUCUGAUUACAAUAUCUGAAGCCAAUCAUGAAAUGCUGGCUAAACGGUUGGCUAAAGAACUUUGUAAUAAACAGUUUGCUAUUUCUCUUUCUCACCAAGCAUUCAGCAACCUGAAAGUGAAAAAACUGGUAUUUGAUAGCCUUUCUGAAAAGAAUGAGUUGACAGCAUUGAUUCAUUCUCAUGACACAUUGUACGAAGCACACUUUUUGUUUUGGGCUUCAUUAUUCAACCAUAAAUAUCUUUUGACACAAAUUCUAUCAUUGGGCAACUUCACUACUGAAGAGUUAUUGUGGGGUAUAUUGGCAACAUGUGUGAAUGGUAAAGGUGAGGGUUUUGACACCAUCACAUCAAAGGAUCCAAGUGUAAAAGAACAAUUAUUGCUGAAAACUGUAGAAGACAUAACUGUUAACGUUAUGAAUGAAAAAGUUACUGAAAAAUUUCAGAACUACUUCAAGCUGACUUCAUCUUCUUACCUGGAAUUUAAAGGAACAUGUGGACUGAUUCAUGUGGCUGCUGCUUUUGGACAUAAAAUGAUUGUGGAGAAACUUCUGGAGGCUGGUGCGUGUGUCAAUAGUACAACAGAAAGUGGAGUCACACCACUUAUGCUUGCUUGUCUACAUGGUCACUUGGAACUUGUGAAAAUGCUUCUAGAUAAAGGUGCCGAAUACAUGGUUACCUCAAAAAUAGGUAACUGCAGCAUCCACUUUGCAUGCCUUGGUAAUCAAACAGAAGUCAUAGAAAUGCUUUGCACGCUUUGCAUUGACAUUAAUUUUAAGGGAAAAGCAAACUGGACACCACUUUUGUAUUCAUGUCGCUAUGGAGAUUUGAGAGCUGUAAAACUUUUGUUAAAAUAUGCAGACAAAACCGUGGUUACUGAUACAGGGUUAACCUGCCUUCAUUUGGCUAGUUGCAAUGGAAAUAAAGAAAUAGUGCAGAUGUUUCUAUCAGAAGACAUGGAUGUCAACUGUGUUGGUAAUAAUUUGAAGACUCCAUUGAUGUAUGCUUGUUUUGAAGGACAAACCCAGAUAGCAGAAAUGCUUCUUGAUAACGGUGCUGAUAUUACCAAAACAGAUGCGUCUUGUAAAACAUGUCUUCACUAUGCAUGCUAUAAAUCAGAAAAUAGUAGUUUGAUUAAGAAGUUGCUCCAGCAUGACAUAGACAUUAACUGUAAAAGUGAAAAGGGGUGGACCCCUCUCUGCUAUGCAUGUCGUUAUGGCAAUGUGGAAAUUGUCAACCUACUGCUUUUUUAUGAAGCUGACAAAAACGUCUUGGUGGAUAAUGGCUUGAAUUGUCUCCACUUGGCUGCAUUAGGGGGCAGUGUCCAUAUGGUGGAUACAUUACUCGAGUCUGAAUUUCAUAUUGAAUCACAGACCACAUUAAAAGAAACACCAUUAUUAUGGGCAUGUAUAGAAGGUCAAAUUGAAGUUGUGGAAUUUUUAAUAGAAAACUCUGCUGAUAUAUGUGCAUGUGAUCAUUAUGGUAGAAAUGCUCUACACCUUGUAUGCAAGGCAGGUUAUCUAAAUAUAGCUAAACUAUUGCUUGAAUUAGGUAUGGAUGUUGAUGCCAGAGAUGCAGAUGGAUGGACUCCCCUGCUGUUUGCAAGUCGUUACGCCAAGGCUGAUCUGGUAGAGCAUUUAUUGUCAGUCAAAGCGGACGAAAACGUCAAUACCAAGACAGGAUUGAAUUGUCUUCAUUUAGCUUGUUGUGAUGGUAAUACAGAAAAAGUGGAGCUUCUUCUUUUCAAGGGCUGGGAUGUAAACAGCACAACUGAUAAAGGAAAGACUCCACUUAUGUAUUGCUGUCAUGAAGGGAAAGUAACUCUUGUGGAUAUACUUGUUGCCAAGGGAGCUGAUCUUUUUAUUUAUGACAAAGAGAACAGAAAUUGUAUGCAUUAUGCUUGUUUGAACAAAUACUGUAAUGAAUUUCUUACAAAGCUUAUUGACUAUGAAAUGGAUAUCAACUGCAGAGGAGAAAAUGGUUGGACCCCGGUUUUGUUCUUAAGUCGCUAUGGUAGCGUAAGAGUUGUUGAGCUUUUGAAGAACAGAGGAGCUGAUAUGACAGUAGUUUCUGACAGUGGACUAAACUGCUUGCACAUGGCUGCCUGUAAUAGUGAUGUUCGAAUGGUUGAAAUGUUUCUUUGUUUGGAUUUUGACAUCGACAGCAGAUCGAAAAAGGGGAAAACACCACUGAUGUACGCUUGUGAAACGGGCAGGACAGAUGUAGCGCAGUUAUUAAUAACAAAGAAGGCUGAUGUUUUAGCAAGAGAUGCCUCUGGGAAGAACUGUUAUGACUGGUUACAAACAGACAAGUUUAGAGAAUUUGCUCAGAUGCUUGAAGAGAACUACCCUGAACUGUUGAAUACUGCUCAAGAUAAACCAGCUUCUCAGGACCAGGUGGAUGCAUCUUCUCACACACCAUAGAUUGUCAUUUAUAUCUUCAAAGUUUAUUUACAGUUUUUAUUUUAUUAGUUGGUACAUAAAUUUUGAAACAGAACAAAUCGAGAUGUGUUAGUACACAAUCUAAAUUGGAAUUUAAUCAUACAGACUAUGUUGUCAAAUACUUGUGUGUAAAUAAGUUAACCAAUGUCAUUUUAUUAUUAUCUGCAUUCAUUAAAUCUAAUCAAUGGGCCCAUUUUUGCUAUAAUAAAACUAGCAGUUUCCUCUGAGACUGCAAUAAAUGAAUGAUUAACGACACCCUAGUACAAAAAUACAUAUCGGCUAUUGUAUGUAAAAAAUGACAAAAUGUUAGUGAUUUCCAAUAGCCGAUGAUUAAUCAAUGUGCUCUUGUGGUGUCGUUAAACAAAACAGACUUGAUCAUUAAUCUAAUGAAUGUAUGAUUCAUGACCUAUGGACUGACCUCUUGCAGUGAAAUUUGCUGAUUUAUUAACUUAAGGACUCUGAACAAAAAGUCAAGACAUUUUUCAAGGGUCUUAAAAAAGAAUCUGUUCUUUCGCAAAAUAAACAAGUGCAAUAAAUAGGAAGCGAAAACAACGUGUGUGAAGUUCUGUAUUUAUUACAUACCUUCUUUCAUGUUUUACAAAAACGGUUUUUAAUUUAACGU